AUGGAUUAUUCAUAUAAAAAGCUCAAAGAACAAUUAUUAUCAGAUACCAUUCCAUUUAAUGAUCGAGAUUCACAUGAACAAUCAAUUCGACACAGAUCAUUACGUCGUCGGCGGAGUGAACCAUCGAUAAGCAAUGAUGUAGAACCGAAUAAUAAUCUACGGAAUCCUAAUCGUUUAUCGCACAGUAAUUUAUACGAUCAAGCCGAUGAUUUAAUCGAUACCGUACUCGAAGUUCCAACAAAAUGUGUUGAACAAGCACGUGAAGUCGGUAAACUUGUUGUUCAAUAUGUUGUCGAUCAUAGUCAUCUUCCGAAUUGGCUGGUUGACAACGAAUUUCUUAUUUCUGGUCAUCGGCCGCCAAUGCCAAGUUUUAAAGAAUGCUUCGCAUCAAUCUUUCGACUUCACACUGAAACAGUUAACAUAUGGACACAUCUAUUGGGCACAUUAUUUUUUAUUAUCAUUGCCAUUUAUUUUUCUUUGAGACCAUCAGAUGAAGUUCAUAUUGAGCAAAAAUUAAUUUUUGGUGCAUUUUUCCUUGGAGCUAUUAUUUGUUUAUUAUGCUCAACACUAUAUCAUACACUGUAUUGUCAUUCACCGGAGAUUUCAAAAUUUUUCAGCAAACUUGACUAUUGUGGAAUUGCUUUAUUAAUUAUCGGAUCCAUAAUUCCUUUGCUUUAUUAUCAGUUCUAUUGUGAAUUUGGCACCAAAGUGGCUUAUUUAACAUUUAUUGGUUUGUUAGGCACCGGAUGUAUUGUCAUAACAAUGUGGGAUAAAUUUUCUUCAUCGCAAUAUCGAGUUUAUCGAGCCUUACUUUUUAUUACAUUUGCUGUAUUUGGAUUCAUUCCAACUUGCCAUUAUAUGAUUCGAUUCGGUAUGGAACAUGCUUUUACAGCUGGUGCCAUUCAAUAUUUGUUGAUCGUCGCAUCGCUCUAUCUGAUUGGCGCUUGUCUUUAUGCAGCACGAAUACCUGAACGAUUAGCUCCCGGUCUUUUUGAUAUUUGGUUUCAAAGUCAUCAACUCUUCCACGUAUUUGUUGUGGCUGCAGCUUGUGUUCAUUAUUACGGUAUAUGCGUAUUAUCAAACAACCAAAAGAACUUUUUUGGAGAUUGCCGAAACAUAUUAGGUGCAACCAACGCUCCACUAGCUUCUAUAAUCAGUUAG